AUGAAGCGCAAGAUCCUGUUGAUGGGCAAGUCGGGCUCCGGCAAGACGUCGAUGCGCUCGUUCAUCUUCUCGUCGUACCGGCCGGAAGAUACGAAGCGCCUCGGCAGCACAAUCGAGGUCGAGCACUCCCAUGUGCGUUUUCCCGGCUCCCUCGUCCUGAAUCUCUGGGACUGCGGAGGGCAAAAAUCGUACAUGGAGAGCUACAUGGACACGCAGCGCACGCAGGUCUUUAGCGCAGUCGGCGUGCUGAUCUACGUCGUGGACCUCGUCAACACGGACGACGAGGGCGGCGACACCCACGAGUGGGAGGCCGAUCUCCGCUACUUCCGCGACUGCUUAUCAGCGCUGCAGAGCAACUCGCCGGGCGCCGAGGUGUUUUGCCUGCUGCACAAGAUGGACCUGAUUGAGCCGUCGAGGCGGCGCGACAUCUACCGGAGCCGGGUGGCGGACCUGCGCCGCAAGACACGCGAAGUCCUCGCCGCACACGCCUCGUCGCCGAACGCGUCCGACCAUGUGCGCCUGCACUGCUUUGCGACGAGCAUCUGGGACGCGACACUGUACAGGGCAUGGUCAAGCAUCAUCCAUACACUCGUGCCCGACGUCGAGCGCCUCGAAGCCCACCUCGCCUUGCUCUCACACACCUGCUCGGCGUCGGAGGUGGUGCUCUUUGAAAAAGCGACGUUCCUCGUGAUGUCCUACUACAGCCAGAUGAAUGCGGAAACAACGACCCCGCGCUCGCUCCUCGCCUCGGACCGCGUGACGCUCGACGCAGGCCAAGAUACCGACGACGUCCUGCUCGAAGGCCUCUCCACCUCGAUGCUCCCAGACACCGCGCGCCACACACCAGACGCGCUCUCGGGCGACCGCUUCGAGCGGAUCAGCGAGCUGGUGAAGCACUUUAAAAUCUCGUGCCUCGAGUCGCACCACCAGAUCCAGGCGCUCGAGCUCCGGACACCGACGUUUGCAGCCUACCUCGACGUGCUCACCUCGAGCACGUACAUCCUCGUCAUCACGACCGACCCUGCGAUCCAAAUCAGCGCCGUGAAGCGCAACGUCGAGCUCAGCCGCGCCCACUUUGAGCAGCUCCAGGCGAGCCACGCGGGCUGA